UAUUCCUCAGCAAAGGGAUGCUAAGAAAACUCGUUGAUGAAGUCCAAAACAAACCUUUCUUGCAGAAGAGCAAGGGAUGGAUGAACAAUUGCUGGAUCAAUCUGUCUAUCUUCACUCAUUCCAGCUAGGACUUAAGAUGAUUAUUUUAAUUCAUUCAUUCCAGCUAUUUGAUUCUGUAUGACUAAAAGUUGGAAUACAAAAGCAGCUGAGCUGCAAUGUGUAACAAGGCAGAGAUAUGUGGCCAUGUGAAUGGGUGAAAGUCUGUCCAGGGAAGAAAAUGGUCAGGAGCAAAAUCCAAAGAGAUGUGGAAGGUAGCAUUCGGAAGUGUUUCUUUAAGGAGAAUAAAAGACUGGGUGCGUUUUGUAUAGGCUUGUCGCCGAGGGCCGCUGGUAUGCCUUUGGACACAAAGCUUGAAUACUGUGAACUCAAUUCGGAUUCUGAUGUUUUUAUCAAAGAAAACCCCUUUAUGGAGAGGAGAGAAAAGAAGAAUCAACCAAAGCCAAGCCCCUCUUUCUCUCUGUACAUAUUUUGGGUGUUUUGCCAGUGUGAUUUCCAUUUUGAGGAAUGGUGGGUAUUAGGAUAUGAGAGGUGGGUAGUGUCGGCAAGAACAAGUUUUCAAACUUGCGGUCAUCCUCCAAGAGUCCGAUUACUCCACCGCAACUCGCGGCUCCCUCCUUCCAUGGCUCUGGUACUCUUCUCUUCCCAUCGCCUUACCUUUUGUGUUGGGUCAAUAAAGAGGGUGCUGGACAAAUGGUACUCCGGUGACCACUCCAGUGCAGAUCUCGACGAGCUUCUUUCAGAUUGUAUCACUGCUUUCAAGCACAGUGUGCAGCACAGAAACGACAUCAGAUUUCUCAAGAUUUGGUUCGUUUAUGUAAUCAACUCUCUUCUCUCCUACGCUGCUUAAUCUUGGACUUAGUUAUCCCUUUGCAUGUAGAAAAUUGUUAAUUGAAUUGGAUUUUUUGGGUUUUGGCUUCUUUAUCAAAUUCAAUUACCUUAAUAAAGCAUCCAGCCUGAAAUACUGGUGUUUAAUUUGGUUCCUGCUUAUUGGAGUCAGAUUGCUGGAACUUUAUUUUCAGCAUUUAAAAUUCUAGAAUUUUUGUUGAAGUUGGUUAUGUUUAAGUCAUUGAAACUUUUUAGGGGUGCAAGUAAGGAAUUGAAGACUGAAAAUUGAGAAAGAAGAUAGCCCUACCAAAAAAGUUUACAAGGGUAAAUGCAAGAAUUAGCAAGUGUUCUGAACAAAGCACUAAUCUAUAACUACCUUAUAGAAGAUCACAAUAAAAACCACUUUUUUGGGGUUUCAAGUAAUGGGAUUUGGGAUGAGGGAUGUCUUUUUUGAAGUGGCUUUGGUUCUGAUCUUCAAUAUUUUAGGACUCAUUUACUGACUCAUUAUCUUUUUGCUGCAACAAGCUGAUUUGGGAUAAACAAUGUCUUUUUUC